AUUUGCCUCGGGACGUUAAGUUCCAUUUUGGUACUUUAUAUCACAGUCAGACUCAAGUGGAAACAAACCUCUGGCACCAAACCAAUUGGGGGUCUUUUCUCGGCGAGCUGGUCUUGGCGUUAUCCGCGACGUGCCUGCUCCGCGAGCUUUCCGCCAGCCGCCCGGCGGACCAAUCAGAGCGCAGUAUUGUAAAAGCAGCCUAUUUGCCGCAAAGCUGAAACUGCUGCAAAAGUGCUGCUUUAAAGGCGCAGCUCCAAUUCAGUUUCAUCUUUGCCAGAAGUAUUGACAAUUAAUACCUUGCCGUCAUUUUUGAAAAGGUAUAUAUUUUGUCUUUCCAAGGUAAUAAGUAAGUGUAUCUUAAUCUUGAUUGGUGACAUUAAAAUUAAACAUAUCUAAUGACAAAUGCACUAUUUUGAAAGGGCUAGAUGUCUACCUCCGUGUUGCCAAAUAACGUUUUCCUAGCUGUCGUGCUAACUAACGUUUACUUAUGGUUCUCCAAAACUGGCUUUUCACUUCGACUUAACACAAAGAAAAUAAUGAUAGCAAAUCGUUAGAAGGGUGAUGAAUUGGUAAUAAUUCAGUUCCAAAUGAACUGAGUUUAGUUUUGUGAUUUACAUAUAGCUUAUUACAAACCGACUUCUAGCUAGGGGCCUGUGGAAGGACUGGCAUUUUCUAUUAAUUUGUCCCAGCAAUUGCACAAUAGUAACCGAAUGCUAGAGAUUUUUUUCUUCCCCAAACAUUUUAUGUUUUUCGCCCCACGGUAAUAGACGUAAUGUUGGCUGUUUUGCCACAUGGAUUAGAAAGUAUUUUAAAUGUGUAUUUUAUUCAGCAUCUCAUGUUUAUGAAUUCUUUUUAAAUGUAAAAGUAUAACUUUGCACCAUUAUGAACCCUUAUGAAUGAGACAAAUCUCAGUGAAACUUUGUGUCCCCACGAACCAACCAUGAAUUGUCAUGUUCCAGUUUAGUUAACGUACAAGGAUGUGAUGUACAGCAGACCACUCCAGAGAUUAUUUUGCUGUCCCUGUCUGAGAGAAAGAGACGGGACAGGAAUUUAAGUAUAUUGUUGGACCCAAGUUUACUGGAACUUUCUACAACCCAAGUGAAAGAUUUCUACAGCAGAGUGAUUCGUAAGCAUUCCCUCAGAUUUCUGGGAAUUGAAUGUCAGCAAACAAGGAAAAAUGGAUGGUUUGUCACUGAAGGCUAAGGAAUCUGUGAGUGGAAGAAUGGAUAAAUCAGAAGAGGUCAAGAUAGGAACGGACACAGAGGAGAUGCAACCUGGAUCUACAGGGGAAUUGGUGAAGCUUUCUGAAUGUCAGUCAGAUACGCCUUGGACUAGAGGAGAGGCUGAGAAUGGGCCCAAGGUAACGAGUGAGAUUUCAGCUUUCAAAGGUGCCCCAAAAGAUGCUGAAUGCAAUAAGCUGCUGGAACACAUGCAGGAGCAGCUCAGGAAAGAUUCCUUACCACUGAGUGAGAUUCAGACAACAGAGUCUAAUGCCGAGGAACAGCAGAUGAAGAAACAGUUUGGGGAGGUUACAGCAGAGGGCAGCAUUGAGCCACAGCCAAGCAAAGUCAAGCCAGGAAGAGCAACUGAAGCUAAGGAUCUUCCUGCCACCUGUAGUCCAACUGAAAACGCAACCGCAUCUGAAGAAGUACAAGAAAAGCUGGAGAGUCGGAGAGUUCAGCGCUUGAGGAGAAUGGAGUUGAGAAGAGCAUCACAGAAAUCUUCAGAUGGUGACCAGCUGUCUGACGAUGACUCUGACACCAUGGUGGACGAUCCCAGUGAUGUGGAUUUCGUCCCACGUGCUGCACGUCGCUCCACCCGAGCGCCGUCACGGAGUCAGAGGACGUGCGAGGCUUUCCCAGCGGUCAGCCAGCCCAGCCUCACUGCCCCUGCUGGCCACGUUGCUAUUCCCAAAAUCCAGCAGCUGUCCUCCCAGAAGCUGAAACCCUCUCGUUUCCUGCCACAUUGCUCACCUCGCCAGUCUGUAAAGAUGCACUGUGCUAACUGCCACAACGCCUUGCAGAAGGGCCAGACGGCCUACCAGCGCAAAGGCAUGCCUCAGCUCUUCUGCUCUUCUGCCUGUCUUGCUGCCUUUACUGGGAGACCACCUAGGAAAAAGCCUUGUGUGUAUUGUAAAAGGGAUAUCGGGACUGUAAAGGAGACCGUUUUUGCCCAGAAUGGGCCAUCAAAUUCUUUCCAGGAGUUCUGUAACAAUGUCUGCCUAUCCCGUUAUGAGACUCAGAGCCAGAGGUGCUCUGCACUUGUAACUGAGCUGUCUGGUCUGCGAUGCAGCAUGUGCCACCUGGUGGGAGAGAUCCUUCAUGAGGUCAGUAGUGGGAACAUGGUGCAUCACCUCUGCAGCGAUACUUGCUUCAGCCACUUCCGGGCGACCAAGGGCCUGAAGACCAGCUGCUGUGACAGCUGUGGCCUCUAUAUCUACGCCAAGACCUCGCGUGUUGAGUAUCUUCUCCAUGAGGGCCAGCAAAGGCGCUUCUGUGACGCCACAUGCCUGGCUCAAUUCAAAAAGAAAAACACAAAAGUGCUCCCAUGCCAGUGGUGCAAGACCUUAAGUAAAAAUUUUGACAUGCUGUGCCGUGGGGAUGUUCAUGGAAAGGCGCAGCUCUUCUGCUCCUUGUGCUGCAUCACAUCUCAUAAAGUGAAAACGUCUGGCGAUACAGUCCCCAUGCAGCCUUGCAGCUUCUGCCUGCGUGAGCUCGCUGAACCUGCCUAUUACUACACAGCCAACAGAGUUAUUUACCAGUUCUGCAGCCCCAGCUGCUGGACUAAAUUUCAGAAAAACACCCCAGAUGGCGACAUUCAUCUGAGCUGCCACUCUUGUCACAAUAUGUUUAAUGGAAAGCCAGAAAUAUUAGAUUGGCAGGACUCAAUCUUCCAGUUCUGCUGUAAGGAAUGCUGCGAAGAUUACAAACGGCUGCAUGGGGUGGUGUCUGUCUGUGAGCACUGCAAGCAGGAGAAGCUUCUCUAUGAGAAGAUCAAGUUCUCCGGUGUAGAGAAGAAUUUCUGCAGUGAAGGCUGUAUCUUGCUGUACAAACAAGACUUCACCAAAAACUUGGGCCUGUGCUGCAUUACCUGCACGUACUGCUCUCAGACCUGCACUAGAGCAGUUACUGAAGAGAUGGACGGCAACACAUGGGACUUCUGCAGUGAGGACUGCAAGAGCAAGUACCUGCUGUGGUACCUAAAGGUAGCAAGAUGCCACGCCUGCAAGAGACAAGGGAAACUUCUAGAAACCAUCCAUUGGCGGGGGGAGAUCAAGCACUAUUGUGACCAGAAGUGUCUCCUGCGGUUCUACAGCCAGCAGAACCAACCCAACCUAGACACCCAGCAGGGCCCAGAGAGCCUGCUCAACAGUCAGUCCCCAGAAUCCAAGUCACCCCCUGCUGCGGUGAAGAAAAGUGAACCCACAGGGAGACGGCACAUAGCCCAGCCCCCUCCUCCGCCUUCCUCACCCCCUCCUGCCGCGACUCCGCUUAACAAAAACAAGGCUUCCUUAUGCCGGCCCAUGAUGGAGGACCAGGCCACGACCUGCAGUCCGGAAGUAAAGUCACAGGGCUGCCAGACGGAUGACAUACCAAUGGCUCCACCUUUUGUGCUGCCGAUUCCCAUGCCGGUCUACAUCCCGCUUCCACUGCACAUGUACUGUCGCUAUGUCCCAGUGCCCCUCACACUGCCUCUACCGGUUCCUGUGCCCAUGUUUUUCCCCACUACACUUGAAAAUGCAGAUAAGAUAGUGGAGGCCAUGGAGGAGAUCAAAGUGAAGAUCCCAUCUAACCCACUGGAGGCUGACAUCCUGGCCAUGGCUGAGAUGAUCGCUGAGGCCUCAGAAAUGGGCAAAGCCUCCUCAGAUCUCUGUGAUUUGGUCGGUAACCCGAGUGCAGAGAGCUUGCUGGAGGACUGUGAUCUGUUUGGCCCAACCAGAGAUGAUGUGCUAUCCAUGGCUGUUAAGAUGGCCAAUGUUUUAGAUGAACCAGGUCCAGACUUGAGAGAAGAUCUUCCUAAAGAUCUAAACCCCAGCGUUGAGUUUCUUAUUGACUGUGGAAUUGUCAGCCCAGACAGCGUUUGUGUAAAAAACGAGCUUCCGGUGGCUGUGAAAAAGGGCUCAAAGCAGCUCGGCUUGUCUGAGAGCUGUUCCAAGGACGCCCCAGGCGCUCAAGCCACCAGGACACGGUUAAAUCACACAUAUGGUGUCAACGCCUGGAAGGUUUGGGCUCAAAGUAAGAACCAUGCGACAGAGGAGAGAAAAAAGAAGCGUUCUAAAGUAAAAGAGGACAUUCUGUCUUGCACGGCUGCUGAGCUGAAUUAUGGAUUGGCACAGUUUGUCAGAGAAAUUGCCAGUCCUGGUGGAGAAUACUACGAGCCAGACAGUGUCUACUACCUGUGUCUUGGAAUUCAGCAGUAUCUUCUAGAAAAUCACAGAAUGGUGAACAUCUUCACAGACCAGUACUAUGCGAACUUUGUUCAAGAACUGAAUAAGAUACUGAGCAAGUGGAAGCCGGAAAUAUCUCCAGAGGGUUUGGCCCGCUCGGACGUGGAGGAGGAGCACUUGUGGGACUGUAAGCAGCUGGGCGUGUACUCACCCUCCGUUUUACUGAACACCCUAAUGUACUUCAACACCAAGUACUUCGGCCUGAGGACUGUGGAGCAGCACAUGGAGCUGUCCUUCACCAACGUGGCUCGACAGUCCCGCUCGGUCUCUGUGUCGCAAGGCGCCAUCAAGGUACACAGCGUCUGCUACUACCCCAGCUGGCGGCACCGAAAGACCAAAGAGGCUGCCUUAGGAAAGAGGAAGCGGGAUGAUGACAUUCCAGCCAAGGAACAGCAGGAAAACAGGAUGAACCCUCUCCGAUGCCCUGUCAAGUUCUUUGAGUUCUACCUGUCCAAGUGUUCUGGAACUGUGAGGAAUCGCAGCGACCUGUUCUACCUGCAGCCUGAGAGAUCCUGCAUGGCAGAGAGCCCGCUGUGGUACUCCGCCGUCCCCAUGGACCACACCACUCUGGAGACCAUGCUGCACCGGAUCCUGGCCGUCAGGGAGGUCCACAGAGACUACACAAGCAAGGAGCAUGCGGUCUGAGCCUUGAGAGAUGCUGGACCUCAUUGCUGACUGCAUCACAACAAACUGUGCUGUUCAUAGUUAAUGAAAUUGCGGGAAGGUCGUAAUCCUGAAAUAUUUCUUGCACGUGAAACUUCUGAAAAGUCCGUAGAUCAGCACCUUUCUGUCACACAUUUCACUCUGUGCGACUUCUGGAUUGUACCAAAAUACAGAGAAAGCAUUUAUUUUAGCGCUUCUCGAAAUAGUUUUAUGUAGGAGUAUAAAUGAUGCCACUGUGGCAUUUAGGCUUCAAGUGCUUCUGUGUUGACAGUCUUUGUUAUAGAAGUUUAAAAGGUCUGAAUCUUAGUUUUUGAAUAACUUGAAAGCAUUGUCUGCCAGUUGUAGUUACAAUUACUACAUCUGUUCAUUUUUCUUUCUACUUUAUUACAUGCUCUGCAGUACUUUUGGAUAAAGGCUAAAUUUACCAUUAAAACUUCAAUACUGUAUACAUGUACCUAUUAAUAAAGUUAAAUUAAAAAAAACCUGUGACUGAGAGAUCCUUUUAUUUUAUUUUUUUUACAGAAUGUUUUUGCAUGUUGCCUGUUAAGGUUUAAUGACUAAUCCAUGAAGGUGGUGGUUGCUAUGGUUUUAUGUUUUAGUCUUGGAAGAAAUAAAGGGAGAAGAUAUUGGCAUAUUUAAUGUUAUAUUCAACAGAAACAAGUGUGAUAUGAAGUGUUUUGCAAUGAAAAGUAGGGCAGUGCAUUUGUGUUUUGCACUCACCAUGUUUCCACCUUUGUUUAAUCCGCUGAAUACAGUCCAGUCACUGGCAUGUGUUGCCAGCAGUGAAAUGCCAUUUUCCCAUGUGAUCAAUACUGUGUUGUACUGAAACUGACCCAAAGUGUACCAUAUAUUUUUUUCCACAACUGCAUUUGUACUAUAAAAUAUAGAUGAAUAUAUGCACUAUAUUAGCAAUCGGAAGAACAACUAUAUUUUCUGCUGAAGAGAAAAGAUUAAAAAUGAAAACUGAUAUUGA